GGCGGGCAGCACGGUAACAGCAAACUUAAAGGCAGUUCGGUACUCGCACGUGGGUCUUCGUUCGUGUUGGAUGUGUGCGCGCAGGGAACAUCGCCAAUUGCAAAGGACGUCGUCAGUUACCACGUACGUGUCAUAAAUAGUGUUUCGGGCCGGAUAUUAAUUUGAUCGGAAAACCGAAAAACCUACAAAAUUUCCGGACUAAUUUAUCUCGCGGUAACUGAAGUAACCGAGUUGUCUCUGUGCAUUGUUAACGACGACUUUUACUAUUAAUAGAUACAUAGAUAUAUUUUGUUAGCUAGUAAAAGAAAUAGAGUUACGUUGUUAGUGUGAUUUUCUUCCUGGUGAUUUUCAUUGGGAUUAACGACAACAUUAUAGUGCAUCUAGUGACAGUGCUCCAAAAAGUUAGAGGUACCCAAAACACUAGUCGCCUAGAUGCUGUUGAGCCUGUGACGUAGUUAGCGUUGACCCAGGUAACGAGCAAGGUGUCAAAAUUGAGCAAGUCGUUCUCUCGUCCGGCGGUGAUCUCGCCAAAAUUUGGAGGAUGUUGAUGCCUGGUGCCGCUGGUCUCAGUGCCGUCGGCGCUGUGGGUGCCGUCGGGGCGCCAGGGCCGGACGAGCUGGUCUCGGGCCUCGGUGCAUUAGCCGGUACCACGCCUCAACAAAAAGACACUACAUGGACGAAAUUAUUCGUCGGAGGUUUACCUUAUCACACCACCGACAAAAGCCUUAGGGAACAUUUUAACGUAUACGGUGACAUCGAGGAGGCUGUUGUUAUCACCGACAGGCAAACCGGCAAAAGUAGGGGAUAUGGUUUUGUGAUCAUGGGGGACAGACCAGCAGCGGAGAGGGCGUGCAAAGACCCAAACCCCAUAAUCGAUGGUCGCAAAGCAAACGUCAACCUGGCGAUUCUUGGAGCUAAGCCCAGGGGUAAUCUGCAAGCGACAUUCCCGUUCGCUGCUGGCAUUCGAGCUGGAUAUCCCGCAGUUCUUCCUGGUCAAUAUGGGGUGCCACCGGGUUACGUGUACCAGUCGCCAUACUUGGCGGCUGCGGCGCCAGGUGGUUUGGUGCCACUUCCGGCUACGCAGUUGACUCAUGCAGCGGCGAUGGCAGCAGCGUCCCAAUUCUACGAGUAUCAAAAUGUCGCCGCAGCGGCCGCCAGUUAUCCAGGAACAUCGUACAAUUUCGCUGAGGCUUAUCCUUAUACCAGCGCCGCCGCGGCUGGUAUGUGUUUGAAAAGUGUCCAGAGCAAGGACAGCAACGGGCUGAUACACCACCACCAGCAGCACACCGGUAGCAGCCCUGCGGUGCUGGCACAACAACGAUUGGAGAAAGCUCUCUUGCCACCCUUUCUGCCGUCCGUGCUACGUAGCAACGCGAAUGCAGCAGCGGCAAGUUACGUGACACCGUACACGUAUGCAACGUUACCAGGUGCAGCAGGAUUGCCAGCAGCAGCAGCUGCAGCUGCAACGGCAGCGGGUGCAGCCUUCCCAGGACUCCCAUAUCAAACGACACCUCAAGAAGCAAGAUUGCAGUAGAGACUAUGAUCAGUCACAGACAAGAAAUCGGCACCAUCGAAUAUGCGAUGCAAAAUAUCAUUCUUGCCGUACAAAUUUCAGCUCUCACCUGGUUACCUGCGUCGAGAUCUAUCUUUUUCUUGUCUCUAUCGACGAUCAGGCAUUAUUCGGUGUGAAGGUGCCAUUUUGUUUCAACCGUUGGGAGCUUCACUCCACGUUUUCACGAGUUAAUUAUAGAAACGGCGCAUAAAAUGACGGACAGAGAAGGAAAUUCGUGGAAACAACUAGCGCCACUCAUGAGGGAGUAACAUUAAUCCUUGUUCAUUUAUUUGGAUGAAUGUUUUUGAGCUUAUAGAAUGAUCCAAUAUAAAGAUAAUAAUGUACUGUAUUUGUGCUUAGCCAUCUUUUAAGGGUUUAGUCUUACAAUUUAAAAAAAAUCAAUUUUUGUGGAAUGAGCAAUGGGUCUGAACGAAUUUCUCCCAUUUUGUUUUUUACAUAUAAAAGAUAGAGAAAAAUGUUUCUAACAAAAAUUUUAUAGUAUAAUAAAUACUACAAGAUUGCAUUAACAAAAUUUUGAAAAAGAUAUUUUUAAUGUGGAUUUAUAUGUAUGCGAAGAAAUGGGAAAUUGUUAAUUUGACUUUGAGGUUAGGUUCCCAGCCGUAAAUGGCAAUUGGGCACGAAUAAGGCAUAUCAUCGUUCUUAUCUCGGACCAUUCUACAUCCAUUUAACCAGACGAGUCAGGAUAUGUUUACAAAUUUACGCCCUCGACGUAGGACCGGAGCUCAGUUGUUUCCAGUUCUUCAAACGUUACGGUCGAGGUUUGUGUACUAUGUACCGGGUCUGCUUCGAGCACGUGAAUUUGUGCGCAUUUACUGUCUCGUCUCGUUGGAUAGAGUAUAUAAAGCCAGAAAAUUUCAAGAAAAAUGAUGAAUAAGGAUUUGUGAUGUUCCUUUGUCAGAAUCGACUCGCAAUUUCUUGCUAACUUAACUUCUAAAUCCUCUCCACUUUUUAAUCUUCCUUUCCACGUUCUCCUUUAUAGAGGGCCAAACUUGGCACGUCUAGGCCAACGUACUUCGAUAUACAAGACGAAUACGUAAUGUCGUUAGAGUUAUGAUUAAUUUAUAAUUAAACGGAGCACGAUGGGCAAUAGAGGCUUUCAAUAGACGCGCGGACAUUUUACGAACGCUAGAUUCCUUGUAAUCGUGAUUGAAAUUUACACUCUGUUAGGUUGAAGUUGAAGUUCCUUCGAGGGAAAUGAGUUUAAUCAUUGUACAGGCAAAUUGGAAAACUGAUCCGUAUUCAGAAUUGAUACUGUCGAUAACAUAAAACGAAAUGAUUUAUUAUAAUUGUAACUUUGUUACAAUCUUCCAGAAUGAGAAAUUUAACACUGGAUAUCACUUCUGAAUAUUGGUCGAAGAAUCUGAAUAUUUUGCGAGUUUGAAUAUAUAGGGUGUUCCAAAAUUUCUGUAGGAAACAAUGUUAUACAAGGUGUUUCAUUUUAAUCAAUCCAUGCAAUUAUCUCUUAAAUUUUUCUUUUUUAAGAAGAUCUUUUAGAAUAUUUUCUAUUUUGUCAGAAAAAAAUUGGAACACCUUGUAUAAUUAUUUCAAGCUCAAUCUUUUUUUUUAUAUCCAUGGUCACAAAUACUUAUCCGGUAUAUAGGUUCACGAUCAACAAAUAUUCACGGUGAUUGUUUAAACGAAAAAAGGGACGUUCAGAAAUUCUAAAUAAACAGUGAUCGCGUUUAGACCAAUGUUGCCUUAGAAUCGCGUACGAGCGAGAUCAUCAAGUGUCUUAGGAACAAUGCCUUUGCGUGAUUUAUAGACAUUAUUUAAACGAACUGAUCAGCGUAUCGUAGUACGAAUGUAACGAGGACCAACGGACGAACGAAUUGAUAUUUUUAAAUAAAAUAUUUAUAAUCAAUAAAUCAAACAUUGACACAUAUUAUAAAACUAUGAAAAACUUUACAAUUACACAAAACUGUAGUUUUUCGGUUAUACAUGUAAAAUUUGUUGAAGGUUUGUAAAUAAUAAUUACAAACAUUUUAUCGAUUACUCAGCAAUUUAAUUAAUGCUACUAAUGGAAGAUUAGUAGAAUUUAUUGAUAGUUCCUUAUUAAGGCUGUAGUAAAAAAUUGUCUCAAUUUUCAAUAAUUUAUUCUUAACAAAUGCCUGUGUUCAUCAGAAUGGAUUUUGACACGUUACGUUUACGCAAAUAGACGCACAUGUAUGUACACACUCACAGUUCGUAGGCUUGUUUAAGUUACACGUUCGGUUAAAUUUAGAAAUUCAUACCAAAACAUUGCCAAACACGUCUCUUUGUAAUAUGUAUUCUAAAUACGGAUCGAUUCCAUAAAUUACUAACUCGUACGCAAAAAUAGCCACUUAUCUAGCGUUACGAGGAAUCUUGCGACGCUAAGAAUUCGUUCGUCCAUUUUUACAAGUGAUCUGGUGCCUUAAUUAGCACGGUCGAAUAGUCUUUAAUGGUUAAGAAACUAGUCAGCGAUUCGUUAGCGCGAUGUUAUUCGCUAACACGUGUACAGGGGGUGAAACCAGGGCCGAGUUUUAAGGGGAGGUCUGGGGUAGGGGCUACGGUUCCGGUCCCCACUUUUCGAGGGGCUCCUUUAUAAGCCUUCCAUUUAAUAUAUCGAGAAAUAUCGAUUGUAAUCUCUUUUCACUGUUGCCCUUUUUCAGUACGAUUAAAUGUUAUUUAAUUUUAUUUAGUAUAAAUUUAAAUUUUUCUAACACGUUUAUCAACCAAGGAGGCCCUUGAAGAUUUGAUAGCCCCGGGUCUCAGAAAUCUUAAUCCGAUCCUGGGUGAAACUAAAAAAAAAAAAGAAUGAAAUGAAACAGAAAAUGAGGAAAAAGGAUAAUUAACUAGGAAGGAAGAAGGUUAGACGAAGGGUCAGGCUAUGAAGAAUAAAAUGAGUCUGUCUAGUCUUAAAUCCUUCGAAAUCGUAGAUUGAAGUUAACUCGGUUCAUUAGGAUGUUAAGUUAGGCGUUAAUGAAGCAGAGAAGAGAAAACCAAAAGUCUUGUAAAAAGUUAGCGAAGGAGAUGCUGUUAGGAAGGCUUAGUGUUAAGUAUUAAUUAUUAUAUAAUCGUUUAAAUAAGAUAAUAGGAAAAUAAAUUAAUGCUAUUGAUAUAUUAUUAUUAUUUUACUAUUUUAUUAUUAUUAUUAUUAUUAUUAUUACUUAUUAAUAAUUAUUACUAUUGAUAUUGAUGAUAUUAUUGUCAUUAUCGAUUAUUCAUUAUUAUUGUUCAUGUACUUAAUAACGAAGCGAAGAAACCACGUGAUCGGUCGAAUUUAUUAGGAAAGAAGAAAAAGGAAAUCAGAAAAUCAUAAAGAAAAACGAGGUGCCUACGAUCCUUUUGAAUAUUCUAUACUCUUAGGAUUAACGGUUGUAAUAUAUCGUCUGUUAUUUUUAAUAAUAUUAAUUAUAUAUUAUGCAUCCUAUCGAUAGAUUAACGAAAGGAAACUAAAUAUGUAUAUUGUCUCUAAGAGAAAUAAAAAAAAGGAAUGCGAACUCGUCUUGAUCUUAAACGAUAGAUCGUGACUAUUGUUGUCUGUUGCUUUCGCACAUCUGAACUCUGCGAGACGACGAAACACGAAUUUUGAUUACCGAAAAA